CAGUUGGCAGCUGGGCGCGGGUGUUUGUGUUGUCGAGCGUGACUGAUAGGAGAUGAAGUUUAAUAAGCAUGUUAGUAGUUCUCGUCGUAAAGCCCGUAAACGUUACUUCAACGCCCCUUCUCACAUUCGCCGGCGGCUAAUGAGCGCUCCUCUGUCGAAAGAGCUUCGAUCUAAGUACAAAGUUCGGAGUAUGCCCAUUCGCAAAGGUGAUGAAGUACAGAUUGUUCGAGGUGAGCGAAAGGACCUCAAUCCUGCAAAGGUCAUCCGUGUUUACCGGAAAAAAUAUGUUAUCCAUAUCGAAAGGCUCCAAUGUCGUAAAAUGAAUGGAGCAUAUGCGCCUAUCGGCAUUCACCCAUCUAAUGUCGUGAUACACAAAUUAAAGUUGGAUAAGGAUCGCCGCUCAUUGCUGGAACGCAAAGCUGCUGGAAAACUUGCUGGACAAGACAAAAAUAAGUACACAGAGGAAACUAUUGAAUCUUGAUUCGUAAUACACAUAUUUAAUGGUAAUUAUGUUUUGACUGUCUUUCUGAACGUUUGUGCCAGUAUCCGUUGAGAGCUUGUGGGUUUGAUCAGUCUCUUGUACCCUGUUUAACGUAAUUCCUCAGUCCAGAUUUACACAAUAAAACGUAGGCUUAUUUAUCUGGUCCUCAUAUGUUGCUGAUAGCACUGCUUCUAACUGCUCACCAAGUUAGCUCUGUUCAUUCUUGUUAGUCAGUUGUAGAAUUGCUAGUCACUUGAGUACAACUGUCCACCUUUUAAGAGCUAACUAAAAAAGAUGUAAAGUUAUGCG